AUGGAUACAGGCCAGGGUGCAUUAGCACCUGGGCAGGAAAUACGAAUCGUCAGUGCCUCAGUGGUGGCACAUUUACAAGCCCAAGGAUUACAGGGCAAUGAACUCAAUGCAGCAAUUAUGGCUGCAUCGCAGCCCCAAAGUGCUGCACAGCAUCAAGUUCAACAACAACUUCAAGCUCAACAUCAGCAGCAGCAGCAACAACAACAGCAGCAGCAACAACAGCAGCAUCAGGCACAACAGCAUCAACAGACAGCGGCACAGCAACAGGCAGCUGCACAGCAGCAGCAUGCUGCAGCACAGCAGCAAGCAGCAGCACAACAGCAAGCAGCAGCACAACAGCAAGCUCAGCAACAAGCAGCAGCUGUCGCGCAGCAACAUCAACAGGUUCAUGCUGCUGCACAAUUACAGGCACAGAUACAACAAGUUUCUGCGCAGACACAACCUCAGGUUAUCACUUUACAACAGCUGCAAAAUUUUCUCCCUCAACAUCAACUGAAUACUCUCACUACAGCCGAUGGCACACCAGUGCAGAUGGCUGCUACGGCAGCAACGGGUACAGCUGGAGCGACACCGGUCGCUACACCGGUUAAAACGUUCGUUACCUCUUCGCCACAGAUGACAGGACAUCCGCAAAUUGUCAGUUUGCAGAGCCUACCGCAACAGUUCUUGCAAGGAGGUAGUCAGCUGAUACAAAACCAGAACGGGCUUUUUCAAAUGAUUCAACCUGUGCAAACGAUCAGCCUCGAUGGGCAGGAAGCGCUGUAUGUACCGGCCGGGUUUCAUGCACAACAAGCGCAGCAGCAACAACAACAACAGCAACAGCAACAACAGCAGCAACAACAGCAGCAACAGCAGCAACAGCAAAUGUUAGCCGGCGCUCAGGCAGUACAGAUUAACGGUCAGCCGGCAUAUAUAACCCCGUCUGGACAAAUUAUUCGCGCACCAAACGGUGUUGUGCCAGGAAACUUCCUUCAGAGUAUGUCUCAGGCAGUGCAAUUACCGAACGCUGGUCAGGCUACGCUAACCAUUCCGGGCACUAAUAUAACCAUACCCUUGGGAAUGUCCAAUGCCCCUAAUAUACUACAUCAAGUACCGCAACAACAACAACAGCAUCAGGUCCAACAACAAGUCCAACAACAACAAGUCCAACAACAGCAGCAACAACAACAGCAGCAACAACAACAACAACAGCAACAGCAACAGCAGCAGCAGCAGCAGCAGCAGCAGCAGCAGCAGCAGCAGCAGCAGCAGCAGCAGCAGCAGCAGCAACAGCAGCAGCAGCAGCAGCAGCAGCAGCAGCAGCAGCAACAGCAGCAACAACAAGUCAUUGCGCAGCAGCAGCAGCAAACAGCGUCUGCAGCUAAUCAGCAAAUGCAGCAGCUUCAGCAAGCAACAUUCACAAUACCAGGCACUAAUAUUCAGGUGCCAGCGUCCACAAUGGCUGCUCUAAAUCAACUCCCGGGGAAUAUAACUACAAUUAAGUUAGAAGGAGGCCAAAACGUACAAGUUCGACCAGCUGGUGCCACACUUCCUCAAGUAGUACAAUUUCCAAUGCAACAAACUAUCCCAGUACAGAUGCCAAUAUCCACAGCGAACGGCCAGACCGUGUACCAAACGGUUCACGUUCCUGUGCAAACAUUCGGCUCUUUGGUACAGCCACAGAUGCAGGUGAUACCGCAGAUACCGCAAAUGGCCAACAUCAUCACCCCGAGUGGGCAAAUUCAACAAAUUCAACUAACAUCAUUGAAUCCGUUGGCUGGCCUGCAAACAGCUUCGAUGCAUCCCAACAUUAUCCUUCAGCAGCCACAGGCGGCCACUCAACAAAUCCAGAACGGUCCAAACGGUCCGGUGGUUGUGAGCACGGCACAAGCGGCUGCAGGACAGGAUCCUGGUGGUAACCAUUCCCAGCAGCAACAGCAACAAGCUCAGCAACAACAAGCACAGCAGCAUGUAGUGUCCCAGCAAAUGGUGGCGGCGGCUGCAGCAGCAACGUCGGGAAGCACUCACCAUACAUCAGGCGGACAGCAAACGCAACAACAGCAGCAACAAAUAAUCGGUGGAUUGUCGCAACCGAUAACGAUCACCCCUGCACCUGGUGGUUCCCAGCUCGGUCAGCCGAUUACGCUACAGCAGUUGCGCCAGCAUAUGCCGGGUCUUGCAGGAUUGCAGGCGAUUCCCGUGCAAAACAUACCCGGUAUUGGAAACGUUCAAGUUAUACCGACAAAUUUCAUGCAACCGGUUCAACCGCAAACAGCAGCGUCGCAGCCUCAGUUGAACCCGGUCACUCAAGUAGGGCAGCAUACACAACUACAGCAACAGCUAAGCCUGCAACAUCAGCAGCAGCAACGUGCUAUAGUCGCAGCCCUCCAGCAGGCAACGGCGCGUCCACCAUCAAGUACAAAGCAGGAUCAAAACGAACCCGUUAAGAGCUUUGUAAAGCAGGAACCCAUGUCUACACAGUCGGCGACUACGAGUACUGGGGCGGCUUUAGCCUCCGGUGCUCUCUUCACGUCGGCUGCUGGAGCUCCUGCCCAGAUAGUGGAAGUUCACAGUGGUGUCAGCUUGGGAACAUUGGGAGUAUCUAACAAUACUACUGCCGUCGCCACUUCGACCACGACGACUACAACAUCCUCCAAUAGUGCAAAGCGAGAUUCUGUAGUCGGAUCUCCUAAUCAAACCACCGGUAAUGUUAACAAUAGUGUCGGUACCAGUGUUGUUACAGAAGUAGCAGGUAAACCAGGAGGAGCAAAAGCAGGACUGGUAGCGGUGACAGGAGUACAUACGUCCGUAGGUAUUGAAGCUGGUGCGGAUGCUGAAGAAAUGGGAGAAAUAGUAUCACCCGUUGGCACAACGUUAAUCUCGUCGGAGAAGCGACGGCGACAUACGCUACCGAAGCUAGGCUCAGCCACUCACACUAUGAAUGGAACAAUACGGCAACGCGUUCGCCGAGUGGCUUGUACAUGUCCCAACUGUGAAGUAAAGAUAAGUGGUCCUCCAGAUCGCAAGAAGCAGCAUAUAUGCCAUGUUAGCGGUUGCAAUAAGGUAUACGGAAAAACGUCUCACCUGCGAGCUCAUCUACGGUGGCAUACGGGAGAACGGCCCUUCAUAUGUAGUUGGGGCACUUGCGGAAAACGAUUUACGCGUUCGGAUGAACUGCAGCGACAUCGAAGGACACAUACGGGUGAGAAGAGGUUUGAAUGCAAUGAGUGUAACAAGAAGUUCAUGCGAAGUGAUCACCUCUCGAAGCAUAUACGAACCCACAGCAAACUAAAACGCGAUCAUGGUUCGGAUGGUUUCGAUAAAUCUGGCGAUGAGCUUGACUACGAGGAGGAAGAAAUUCAUGAAAUUGACGACACUGACUACAAAAUGGAUGAUGAUGACGAUCUGGACCAGGAAAGACAAUCACAUAACUCUUCCUCGGCUGCCUAUGACGCUGACCCCAAGGAUGACAUGGGAUCUAACCACUCUGGAUCGUCCGAUAGCAAUGAUAGUUCUGAUCAGAAAAUGAUGAUUACCGUUGGUGCCGACGAGGCGGAACAAGCGUAUGAUUCGAAUUAG